AAUAUCUCGGAAGUGAAAGCUUAUUACGAUGAGUAAAAUGUACAUAUUGGACAACUUUAAGACAAUAAUUGUUUGUUUAUAAAACUAUUUUUGACAACAUGGGAAAUAAACUGGAAAAGUUACCAGAAAAAGAAGUUCAAUUUCUGCGCAUGCAUACAAAUUUUGACAAAACACGAAUUAAAGAAUCGUAUAAAGAAUAUCUGAAAAUAUCCCCGAAGGCAUUGAUGAGUCUGAAGACAUUCAAAGAAUACUUGAGACAGUUCUUCGGGGAUGAAGCUGACAGUUUUGCCCACCACUACUUCAGAGUUAUUGAUAAAGACAACAGUGGCAAUAUAAACUUUGCAGAAUUUUUACUGUAUUUGAGCAAUGAAAGUGAUCCAAAUAUUUUCUGUAAAAUCAGGUUGAUGUUUGAGUUAUUCGAUAUAGACGGGGAUGGCAGGAUUGAAAAGAAGGAAAUGGCAGAAAUAUUUAAGAUUGCAUUAAAAAUGACAGAAGAAGAUAAAGAAGAUGGGCUAGCUGCACAUAAAUUAACACAAAAAUUAUUUGAAGAUUAUGAUAAAGGAAAGGAAUUUCUGACACAAAAUGAAUUCACUGAUAUGUUCCUUGAAAACAGAAUUCUGUUUAAGAACUUUCCUGUUUUAAGUAGUUCCUUGUUUACCGAAGUUUGUGUGGAUCCUAACAAAUGAUUUAAUAGUUAAAAUUAAAGUUAAAUCUUUCCUGC